AUGUACGCGGCAGGAGCAGCUCCAGCAUCUGGAUCUCAAGUGCCUCUCCAGCAUCCAGUUCCUCAGCAUCCAUUCAAGCCACCUCCCACACCGGAUACUCUAGCCAAGGAUAAGGAUUCAAGGGGAAGCUUGGAUUCCAAUGGAUUCGCAUUUGAGCAGGAUCCUUAUAAUCCAUACAAUCCAUCCAAUUACGUUGAGCAGCAGCAGCAGCAGGUUUAUCCUCAGCAGCAGUUAUAUCCCCAGCAGCACGCUUAUCCUCAACAACAGCCGCAAUACGCCCAACAACAGCCAUACACCACCUAUCAACCGAUGCAGCCACAUCAACAAUCCCAGGAAACCCCGUGGAACAAUCUCAACGACGGUACAACUCAAAUGGGUCUCCAAUUCGGCAAAUCAGCUUUCAUGGCUGGACACGACUACGUGGAUAAAAACAUUGCACGUCAUAUUCCCCUUCCCAUCGUCAAGACGUUGUUUAACGUAAAUACCACGUACGUUAUCAGCAAGCUCCGUCUGAUAUACUUCCCGUGGCGACAUAAACCAUGGCUCCGUCAGCGUAAUGAGAGUAUCGGAAACGAUGGCUUUAGUGUAUCGGCUGGAUAUCUUUCUCCACGUCAAGACAUCAACAGUCCUGAUCUAUACAUACCAACAAUGUCUGUCCUCACUUACAUUAUCGUCGCUGCCAUUUACGCAGGCAUUCAAAAUAAGUUUCAUCCAGAGGUUUUGGGCGCCAGAGCUUCACUUUCUUUCGCAGUUGCUGCCUUGGAAUUUUGCUUGAUUAGGCUUAUUUGCUACUUACUCGGCGUAGAGACCUCUAACAGCGGUGGAUCCGGCUGGAGCUCUGGUGUCAGUGGAAGUGUUGAGUUGUUUUCAUACUGCGGCUAUAAGUUCGUCAGUAUCAUUCCGCCACUUUUCAUCACCAUCUUUAUCCCGCGUUGGAGAUUGGUGUAUUAUUCUUCUUUUGUGUACUGCGUCGCUGCACAGGGAUUCUUUUUGCUUAGAAGUCUCAAAUACGUAGUUUUGCCAGACGCAUCGUCAGCUGCUGCAACGACCUCGAUAAGCGUGGGCUCUUCUGAACGCAGACGUCGUUUGCAGUUCUUGUUCAUCGUCGCGUGUCUCCAGCUGGUGUGGAUGGGUAUCCUAGUGUGGAUAUAA